AUGCUCUGUUCACAGGUUAUGCUGGGGAGUGUUUUCAGGUGCCUUAGAACCAGUCCUGUUGCUGGGAAAAGAAGUAUGUCUCAGAGCAGUCUUGCUGGAAAGGUAGCCAUAGUCACUGCCUCUACAGAUGGCAUUGGUCUAGCUACUGCCCAGGCUCUGGGCAAGAGAGGAGCCCACGUGGUGGUGAGCAGCCGACGGCAGGCCAAUGUGGACAAGGCUGUGGCACUGCUGCAAGGCCAGAGUAUCCAAGUGACCGGGACCACCUGUAAUGUUGGCAUUGGAGCAGACAGAGAGAAACUGGUUCAAAUGACUCUGGAUCAGUGUGGGGGCAUCGAUAUCCUGGUAUCCAACGCAGCAGUAAACCCUUUUUUUGGUAACAUCAUGGACUCCACAGAGGAUGUGUGGGACAAGAUCCUGUCUGUAAAUGUUAAAUCGGCCUUCCUCAUGACCAAGUUGGUGGUGCCUCACAUGACGAAGAGGGGAGGGGGAAAUGUAGUAUUUGUGUCGUCUGUGGCUGGAUACCAACCGAUGCAGGCUCUGGGUCCCUACAGUGUGAGUAAAACAGCUCUGCUAGGUCUGACCCGGGCCCUCGCUCCUGAGCUGGCUCACAGUAACAUUAGAGUCAACUGUGUGGCCCCUGGAAUCAUCAAGACCCGCUUCAGCUCUGCGCUGUGGCACAAUGAAGACAUUAUAGAUGAAUUCAAAAAGAUGCUCAGCAUUAAAAGACUUGGAGAACCAGAGGAAAUUGGUGGAGUGAUUGCCUUUUUGUGCUCAGAGGAGGCUUCUUACAUCACUGGAGAGACCAUCACAGUGACUGGAGGGAUCAACUGUCGACUCUGAGCCUCCAGUGACUACACAAAUUCACUGUUGCAUAUGCCUCUCUGUAAAUUAUGUUUCACUGUAAUUCUGAUUAGUUCCACUAUUCCUCUGAAGUGAUGGAACGGCACAGUAAUUUAGCAAAAUGUUUAAAAAAAAAAAAAAAGUGAAGUAUACCUAAGAUCAACCAGGAUUUGGUGAUCUUACAUUUAAUUGCUAAUGCGAAAUUUUCUAAUUGUCAUUUUACACAGCUUCACACAUCAGAUAAUGAAUGUUUAAGUUGACAGUCGUAUGGAUUAUAAACUGAAACAGAUGAUGCUGCCAGA